CAUCACUCGAAUUCUAUGGAGCCCGCAUCUUCCCAAGAAGAAUCGCCCGGUGUUACCAAGCUUCCCAAGAAACGGAAACUACCACCUUCGAACGGCUGGCUUCCCCACAAAGCAGAAUUCCAACGCAAACGUUCUGCUACCGCUUGCCAACUUUGUCGCACUCGAAAGACAAAAUGCGAUAACAAUCGGCCCAUAUGUUCCAAAUGCCUUGAACUCGGUGCAGAAUGUAUUUACCAAGAUCAAGCUGCUGCUGAACCUCCCCCAAGUCACAUCCUACAACGGCUGGAGUAUCUUAUUGGACUGGUGGAAUCGAAAGUGCCUAUUAAUAGUUAUGACCACUCCAUGCAUGACGAUUCCGCGGCUACUAUAACAUCACUAGCAGACACCAAUGAGACACUGCAGAAUCCGUCUUUCCACAGUCUGGUCCUUGACCGUGUCUCCACACCCGCAAGCUCUAAUCAAGUGCCCCACCAUGAGUACUUUGGCUCCAGCGAGGAUGUGUUGGGCUGGCCAAUCUUCGCAGGUAAAUACGAUCGUCGCUGGAUUGAGGCCUUGAUCUUCGACCCAACACUACCUAGUGAUGAUCUGUCUGGAACUCCCACAUCGCCCAGAGUUACUGACGACUCCCUCCGCAACAAAUUCGAAGAUCCACGGCAGGAUUCUCAUAUCAAUGCUACCAUACGUGAAGAAGACGUACUGCACCUUGUCGAAGCAUUCCUUCUCAAUGUUCACGUAAAGAAUCCAAUAUUUGACCCGAAUUAUCUGCGAAGUAUGGCGAAAGCCGUUGUGGAUCGCGGUUUCGACUGGGACGCAUCUACCUGCUUGGUUCUUACUGUGUGUGCGCUUGCUGCGAUAUCUUCAACCUUUGCCUGUCGCCCAAUUCGCGCGAUCAACACAUCCUCAGACGAUCUGGUACUUUCGGAGACCAGCCUAUCCACCACUCCAGGAUAUCAUAUGGCUGAAGCAUACUACAUUGCCUCGCGCAAACGGAUUGGGUUGCUUAAAGACACACUGCUCGCAACAGAAUGCCACUUCAUGUCUGGUGUCUAUGAGAUGUACUCAUUACGCCCUCUUCAGGCAGCUAUCUCAUUCAACCGGGCGUGCGUGACGUUCCAGACAUUAACCUGGAUGCGAACGGAGUACUACAUAACGGAAAGCCAACUCGGUAAAGCGAGAGCAAGUCGGUUGUACUGGUCCUGUCUAAAAUCAGAACACGAGGUAUCAAUCGAGAUACGGCUCCCUUCUUCAGGCUUGACGAAACUCAAUUACACGAGCGCGUUUCCACCGCCCCCUUCGGCAACGAAUACGGAGGACUGGUGCCGCAUGUAUACGCAAGUGGAGACGGACUCUCCUCACUCGACACAUUCGUUGUGGACACAAAAUGAAUUCGAGCAUGGCUGGUAUUACUAUCUGGCAGACAUCGCAGCUCGCCGCCUCUUGCAGCGAGUCAUUGAACUUUUUUACAGAAAGAGUGAAGUUGUAUGGCUGGAGUUCCCGUUCCUAACGCUUGUCCAUACAGUCGAAGAACUGGACAGACAGCUCUUAGAAUGGCAUCGUGCUCUACCCGGCGUAAUAUCUUUCGACAUCGAGAGCACCGCCGCCAACGACGAGUUGUCGUUUCAUUUGCAAGCGCGAGCUUUGGAAAUCAAAGAGCGCAUUUAUCGCCCCUUCCUGUACCGCAUGAUAUACCAAAAGGGAGUUCACGACUUUUCCGAUCAAAAUGCACUUCAGCCGUUCGCUACAUCGCAUGCCAUUACGUGCUCAAAGCUGAUACAGCAGUGGAACAUACGGCAUCGCCAUCACGGCACGUGGUUAAUGUCAAGGCAGAGCUUCGCGUGCGCUCUUCUCCUGCUCGCAGGAAGACGGGCUGGGAUCAAGGUCCUCCCUGAUGAGCAAUGUAGUGGGAGUGUCCAAGCCUCUAUAGCUACUUUGAAGUUCUGGGAAGAUGAGGCGCCCGAUCUAAAAGCGUCUCGUCAGAUCUUGGAAGACAUUUACAGCCAGCUGCAUGAGCAGCAUGCAUCGACGACUGUAUGACCACGAAACUACUACAUCACAGAUCAAAUAUAGACAGACAAGUCGUAUCCGACCGUUAAUGAAGCAGCAGCU